AUGCCAAAUGUCAGAUGUCACUAUUGUACAGAAAGGUGUGACGGAGGGAAGUCGGAGGCUACUCCUUCAGGCUCUCAGCAACGAGUGCGUCUUAAGCCCGACUCCGGAAAGACCAGAGCUGCGCGCUCCGGACACUGUUUGGGGGGCAGCCUGGAGUGCUCUGCCGUCGUUCUGCGAUUAGCCUGGCCUCGGGGGCUCUGCAGACGUCGAGAACGCAGGCGCCCCGCGAGCCGGCCCGCCCCUGCCCCGCCCCGGGUGCACCACCUCCAGGCCACGGCCGCCUCUGUGGGGCGGGCACACGAGGCCCCCCAUGCCCCGCCCACCCCAGGUGCUGCACCCCAAGGGCACGGCCCCUCCGCCGCUCCCGUGGGGCGGGCACACGAGGCCCCCCAUGCCCCGCCCACCCCGGGUGCUGCACCCCCAGGGCACGGCCCCUCCGCCGCUCCCGUGGGGAGGUCACACGAGGCGCCCCAUGCCCCGCCCACCCCGGGUGCUGCACCCCCAGGGCACGGCCCCUCCGCCGCUCCCGUGGGGAGGUCACACGAGGCCCCCCAUGCCCCGCCCACCCCGGGUGCUGCACCCCCAGGGCACGGCCCCUCCGCCGCUCCCGUGGGGAGGUCACACGAGGCGCCCCAUGCCCCGCCCACCCCGGGUGCUGCACCCCCAGGGCACGGCCCCUCCGCCGCUCCCGUGGGGCGGGCACACGAGGCCCCCCAUGCCCCGCCCACCCCCGGUGCUGCACCCCCAGGGCACGGCCCCUCCGCCGCUCCCGUGGGGAGGUCACACGAGGCGCCCCAUGCCCCGCCCACCCCGGGUGCUGCACCCCCAGGGCACGGCCCCUCCGCCGCUCCCGUGGGGCGGGCACACGAGGCCCCCCAUGCCCCGCCCACCCCCGGUGCUGCACCCCCAGGGCACGGCCCCUCCGCCGCUCCCGUGGGGCGGGCACACGAGGCCCCCCAUGCCCCGCCCACCCCAGGUGCUGCACCCCAAGGGCACGGCCCCUCCGCCGCUCCCGUGGGGCGGGCACACGAGGCCCCCCAUGCCCCGCCCACCCCGGGUGCUGCACCCCCAGGGCACGGCCCCUCCGCCGCUCCCGUGGGGAGGUCACACGAGGCGCCCCAUGCCCCGCCCACCCCGGGUGCUGCACCCCCAGGGCACGGCCCCUCCGCCGCUCCCGUGGGGAGGUCACACGAGGCCCCCCAUGCCCCGCCCACCCCGGGUGCUGCACCCCCAGGGCACGGCCCCUCCGCCGCUCCCGUGGGGAGGUCACACGAGGCGCCCCAUGCCCCGCCCACCCCGGGUGCUGCACCCCCAGGGCACGGCCCCUCCGCCGCUCCCGUGGGGCGGGCACACGAGGCCCCCCAUGCCCCGCCCACCCCCGGUGCUGCACCCCCAGGGCACGGCCCCUCCGCCGCUCCCGUGGGGAGGUCACACGAGGCGCCCCAUGCCCCGCCCACCCCGGGUGCUGCACCCCCAGGGCACGGCCCCUCCGCCGCUCCCGUGGGGCGGGCACACGAGGCCCCCCAUGCCCCGCCCACCCCCGGUGCUGCACCCCCAGGGCACGGCCCCUCCGCCGCUCCCGUGGGGCGGGCACACGAGGCCCCCCAUGCCCCGCCCACCCCCGGUGCUGCACCCCCAGGGCACGGCCCCUCCGCCGCUCCCGUGGGGAGGUCACACGAGGCCCCCCAUGCCCCGCCCACCCCCGGUGCUGCACCCCCAGGGCACGGCCCCUCCGCCGCUCCCGUGGGGAGGUCACACGAGGCCCCCCAUGCCCCGCCCACCCCCGGUGCUGCACCCCCAGGGCACGGCCCCUCCGCCGCUCCCGUGGGGAGGUCACACGAGGCCCCCCAUGCCCCGCCCACCCCCGGUGCUGCACCCCCAGGGCACGGCCCCUCCGCCGCUCCCGUGGGGAGGUCACACGAGCCCCCCCAUGCCCCGCCCACCCCCUGUGCGGCUCCCCCAGGGCACGGCCCCUCCGCCGCUCCCGUGGGGCGCGCACACACGAGGCCCCGCCCUGCCGGCCCGAGGUCGGCCGCGCAGGCGCAGUGCCUCCCGGUUGUAGUCGCGGCGGCCCGGCCGGCGUGCGCCUGGUGGCAGGACGGGCCUGGGCGAGCCCCCUCGGCGCUCCCGCCUCCGCGAGGCCGGGGGGCUCCAGGCGGUCGCCGGGGGCCGCGCGCGUGCGGCGGGGCUGGGCGGCGGCCGAGGGUGUUUGGGCGGGAGGGGCCCGCGGGAGGGGCCGGGCCUCCGCCUGCUCGGACCCCGGCGCCGCCGACUGCCUUCCCGCCUCCCUCCCGCGCGCCCUCCUCGCCGCCCAUUUUCUCUUGA